AUGCGCACUUUCAAGCCAGCGCAAUUGCUUUGGGUAUUAUCCUUUUCUCCUCUCAUUUUAGCCUUCCCGGGAACAGAGAGCUCUCAUAAUGGUGCCCAAGCUCAUCGAGCUUUGCACAAAAGAUGUCCAUAUGCCAGCGUCGAGUCUGAUGCCGCACCAAAGCAUGAGAAGCGGUUCCUUGUCGAUUCGAUGAUGUCACCUAUUGAUGUUUCUGGGGAGCAUGAAUUCCAACCGCCCAAUUUCAAGGGUGGCGACCAGCGUGGCCCUUGCCCGGGUCUCAAUGCGUUGGCAAACCACGGGUAUAUCCCUCGAAAUGGAGUGGUCUCGUUCGGGAAUGUGAUCACAGCAAUCAACGAAGUGUACGGCAUGGGUAUUGAUUUGGCAACGGUCCUCGCGAUCAUGGGCACUCUCUGGACAGGGGACCCUUUGUCCCUUGAUCCCAGCUUUUCCAUCGGAGGUCGCGACCUUGGUGUAAACAACCUUCUGGGAAAUCUAGGAGGACUCCUCGGUGAACCUCAAGGUCUUAUCGGCUCCCACAACUUCAUUGAAGCGGACUCAUCCAACACGCGGGACGACUUAUACGUCACGGGAAACAACUACGCACUGAACAUGGAAAAGUUCAUGUCCUGGUAUAACAUGUCCGGCGAUGGCACGUUUGACAUGGAUCUCAUGGCCAAGCGGGCAAAGCUGCGUUUUGAGGAGACAAUCCAAACCAACCCGAAUUUCUACUACGGACCUGUGACUGGCCUGAUUGCACGCAAUGCUGGCUACAUUUUCCCUGCUCGGCUGUUUCGGAAUCAUUCCCGUGAGAAUCCAGAGGGAAUCUUGACAAAGAGUCAUAUUCGAAGCUUUUACGGCAUCUACGGCGAGGAGGGUGACCUUACAUAUCGGGAAGGAUGGGAAAGAAUUCCUGAGAACUGGUUCAAGACUCCCAUAGAUUACGGUCUCCUGCAGCUCAAUCUGGACACUAUCGAUUGGAUGGCAAAGUAUCCCGAACUUGCAAGCAUCGGAGGGAACAUGGGUAAGGUCAACAGUUUUGCUGGGGUUGACCCUGCAAAUUUGACGGGCGGCGUUUUCAACUUGACCGAUCUGCUGGAAGGCAACAACUUGCUCUGCUUCGUUUUUGAAGUUUUGAAAUUCGGCAGUCCCAAUGCCCUCGCUAGUUUGUACACAACUCUGGCGGAGCCCUUGGGUUUCGUGAGUGAUAUCUUGUCAGUUCCUUUGUUGAACAUCACUUGCCCAGCAUUCCAGGACCUUCAACUCGGUGGCAAGCCAUUCUGGGAGGCUCUCCAGAAUGAUUUCCCGGGCGCUAUGCAAAGUGGCCGCGCGUUUUGA